AUGGCUGCCUCAAUGCCCCAGAGUUUGCAUCCCGAGAUUGAGAUUCUCCUCAAUAAGAUAAUAAAUAUGGAGUUGCGUGCUAGUUAUGUCUAUUUUUCCGUGACUUACUGCUUUAGCCAUGAAGACACGACCCUGAAACACUUCAUAAACUUCUCCCGAGAUAUAUCCGAAAAGAAGAAGCAACAUGCAGAGACAUUUCUUCAGUUUCUAAUCAAAAGGGGAGGAUGUCCUGUUCUGGAAAAUAUCAUAAAGCCAGAGAUGUCAAACUGGUUGGAUGGCCUGCAUGCUCUACAAGAAGGUCUUGCAAUGGAGAAGACUAUUAACGAAAACCUGUUGCAACUAUACGAUAAGGCAAAACAUAAAGAUCCACAUCUCUCUAAUUUCUUGGAUUCUGAAUUCCUUGAGGAGCAGGUGAAGAUCAUCAGGUUGUUUGGAGAACACAUCACUAAGUUAAAGAGACUGGGAUUGGCAGAUAAGUGUUAGAGAAUAACUGUUUGACAAGCAUAAUAGAGGAGAAGAUUGUUGAAAGUUCUCUUUAAAACAUUAAGCUCUUGGGACCUUGAGCUUAUAUAUCCUAAAUAUGUAACUAUUCUCUCUCCAAACCAAGAAUAAAAAGAUGGCAUCUAGACCAUGGCUCUUCUUUUUUUAAAUAGUAUUUUAUUUUUUUAAAUACAUGCAAAAAU